AUGGAGCGGCACUUUGGAAUCAAUUGGUAUGUCUAUCGUUACUAACCACCAUUUUUAGACCCCUUAGUGAAGUCAUAAAUUGAAAAAAAAUUGAAUUUUGUUUAGCCGUGUGUCCCUUAACCGCUCAAGUGAAGAAAUCGACGUGAACAUUGUUAUGGACAACCCGGAGCCGUGGAAAAUUGUGCUCCAAUUCACUCCCUGCGUUCUGAAAGACGACGGAACGUAUCACGUCUUUGCGUUUAGCACGGUCUGCUUCCACCCGCAUGAGCAGGGAGAGCGGGAGCUCAGAAGGUUCGACACGUACAGCUCCUUUUCGCGCAACGGACCAUUCACGGCCAGUGGAACGCUGACCGUUUGCAUCGCCGUCGAAAUUCUUUAUAUUGUGAAGAUGGACCGGAUCAGGCUUAGGACAUUUGAUGAUCCAAACGUAGGAGACUUCAAAAUAGUUGUGGGCACCAAGAAAAAGUGUUUUCUCCUGCCCAAGAUGGUUAGCGAAUUACCACUUCCCGAAAAUGUUCCAAACCUUUUUUUUCAGUUUUUGGCCAUGCAGUGUGCCUACUUCAAAGGCAUGUUUGAAGCUUCCUGGAAUGAGACAGAGGAAAUGUCGGUUGUGUUUGAGAAAUACGAUGAAGAUGCCUUCCAUGAGUUCAUGGAAGUUCUAAUCGGAGAGCCAGUAGUCAAUGGUUAGUUAUCUACACGAUUUGAAUGCGUAACUUUGAACAAACGUUUUUUAGAUGUGAAUGUCACCCAUAUUCUAAAUUUUGGUGACUACUUUGGUGCAGAUACGGCAGUCAGAAGCUGUCAAAAGUUCCUCGUCGAAAACUCCGAAAGUGUUGGCCUCCAAGAAUGUCUCCGCCUCGCCCUCCGUUUCCCGAACCUCACAGAUCUAAUGGUAAGCCACAAAGACUGUAAAAGAAAUUGUAAAUAUCAAUAAUUGCAGAAUAAAUGUAUGGACGACCUGAAAGUCAGUCGACUUUUGCCACGACGAUUUGUGAGCAACAACCCACAAAUGACUGCGGCCGAGUUCUACCAGCACAUCUUACGUUAUCAACGACAACGACGUGGCGGGCGCCACUAG